AAUGACAAUUGUAUAAAAAAUUAACUAAAUUUAACUAUUGCACUAGUUUUAAUUUAUUAACUUAAUUAAAAAUGUUUUUAAUCGAAGUAUAUUUUUAAUUACUUAUCGAAAACAAUGAUAACAUCGUGUUUUAACUCACGUUAUUUAACACUACUCUCCUUAAUACUAGUUCGUUGAUAGAUUCAGAUGUGAUAGUUGUUUUGGGGCACACUGAAAAGCAAUUCGAGGACUAGAUGCCGCCCUGGCGGCAAUCAAGCCAGGACUGUGGCCAGGAUGCUCAGCCUCGAUCAAGAAAUAGGAGCAUGGGAUUCUGUUUUACUCGAGCCGUUAACCGAAGACUCCUUCGUAACUAAUUUACAGCAACGUUUCAAGAGGGAUCACAUCUACACUUACAUAGGAAAUGUGCUCAUUUCAGUUAACCCUUAUAAAAAACUCGCGUUGUAUUCUGCCGAUCUCGCCGAGGCUUACGUCAAACGAGGACCAUUCCAGCUACCACCACAUAUUUAUGCAGUUGCUGGUACUGCAUAUAGAUGGCUUAAUGAUAGAAACGAGGACCAAUGUAUUAUUGUAACAGGUGAAAGUGGAUCUGGGAAAACGGAAGCUGCUAGAAUUGUUUUACAGUUCUUAGUUUUGGUUUCUGGAGAUAGUCCGGAAACGAAGCUUAUCAAGGAUCGAUUAGUACAAGCUAAUACACUUUUAGAAGCAUUUGGGAACGCGAGAACAAUGAAAAACGAUAAUGCUUCCAGAUUUGGGAAGUUUUUAGAUAUUGAAUUUGAUUUCAAAGGGGACCCUAUAGGUGGACAUUUAACACACUACUUUCUAGAUAAGUCCAGAAUUAUCCACUUGGCAUCGUCUGACAGAAACUUUCAUAUAUUCUAUCAACUUUUAUCAGGGGGAGAUAUCCAUCUAUUAAAGAAUUUAAAACUUCAACGUAACGUUGAACUCUACAACAUUCUUCUCACGGAUACCAAUCAACCGACUUUGUCAGACGAAGAAGAUAAAACGUUGUUCGUAUAUACGAGGGGCGCUUUAGAAGUGCUCGGAUUUACAGAUACCGAAAUUAUAGAUAUUUUUCGCGUUUUAGCGAUUAUUUUGAAAUUAGGUAAUUUGCAGUACGUGCCUUGCAGUAACAUUGACGGUACCGAGGGAUGUUCCAUAAAUAACGAAUACGAAUUAUUCGAGAUUUGCGAAUUGUUAGGGGCCGAACCGAGAUGGUUACGAAGGGCUUUAACCACUCAUCAAAUAGACGAAAGUAUAAUGACGGAUUUGAACGCCGUCGACGCCUCAAAAAUUCGAGAUACUCUAUGCAGAACGUUGUACAGCCGAUUAUUUACGUGGUUGAUAAAUAAAAUCAACGAUGUUAUAAAGGCGAAAACUUUGGGUAGGCGAAAGGAAAUGGGCGUAUUGGAUUUUUUCGGGUUUGAGAUUCUCGAUUGUAACCGUUUCGAACAACUUAUGAUAAAUUAUUGUAACGAAAAAUUGCAACAGUUCAUUGUUAGUUCGACUUUGAAAGAAGAACAGGCGGAAAUGUCGAAAGAGAGUUUGGAAUGGGUCAAAAUUGAUUAUUUCAAUAACAUAGCGAUAUGUCAAUUGUUAGAACACGAAAGUCACGGCAUAUUGUCGUUACUAGAAGAGGCUCACGUCCAAAGUGACUCAACUUACCUAAAGAGGGUCGCGCAAUGUUGUGCGGGUCAUUCCCAUUGCUUAGCGGCCGAUUCCCAACUUCCGGCAGACACUUUUCAGAUCAGGCAUUACGCCGGCGGGGUAACGUAUAAAGUGGAGGGGUUCGUCGAAAAAAAUCGCGAUUCGUUACCUAGGGAAGUAUCGAGGGCGAUGUUUCGCUGUGAUCAUCCGAUAAUACCUGCGCUAUUCCCCGAAGGCAAUCCCAAAAGGUGUAAUCCGAAGAAACCCGUUUCGAAGUCGUUGCAACUGCAGGUGUCCUUGAAUUCUUUGCUGAAAGUCAUUUCAGGCAGACAGAAUCAUUACGUCAGAUGUUUGAAGCCGAACGAAAUGAAGCAUCCGAGGAUAUUCGAAAUGGCGUUGAUACAACAUCAGGUUCGAUAUUUAUGUUUACUGCCAACUGUUCAGCUGUGGCGUACCGGUUACUGUUACCGAUUGCCUUACAUCCACUUCGUAUCUAGAUACAAGAUGAUAUCUGGUAGCACGUGGCCGAGAUGGCGAGGAUCGGCAGUCGAAGGCGCUUCGCUGAUACUUAGAUCGUUGCCUAUACCAAGCGCGGAAUUCACUUUCGGCAGGACUAAAUUGUUCGUGAGAAGUCCGCGCACCGUUUUCGAAUUGGAAGAUUUCAGAAAAUCCAGAUUACACGAUUUGGCCGUGUUGAUUCAGAAAAUUUGGAGGGGUAGCAGGGAGAGGAGGAAGUACAGGAAGAUGAAGCAGAGUCAGAUCAUCAUAGCUGCCGCUUGGAGAAGUUGGAGGGCGCGAGAGGAAUUUCGGAUAUUGAAACAUCGAAAAGAAGUCGAAUGGGCGACUAAAAUAAUUCAGAGACAUUAUAUACAGUGGAAACGACGACAAUUUUUGCUGAACCUCCGCAGAACGUUACCGGAAGACGCGAUUUCCCCCGUCUGCAGAGAUUGGCCCCAAGCCCCCAACAGAUUAACCGAAUGCAGUUCGCUGUUGAACAAAAUCCACCACCGCUGGAGGUGCCACAAGUUCAGAUUGAAGUUCGAUCAGACGGCCAGGAAUCGGAUGCGGGAAAAAGUUACCGCCAGUUUCAUAUUCAAAGACAGAAAAUGUUCAUAUCCGAGAAGCGUUUCGCAUCCCUUCGUCGGGGAUUACGUCCGUUUGAGGCAGAACGUGCAAUGGAAGAAGAUGUGUUUGGAAAACAACGACCAAUACGUAGUGUUCGCCGAUAUUAUCAAUAAAAUUACCAGGUCCAGUGGAAAGUUCGUUCCAAUUCUAUUGGUGAUAUCGACGAGAUCGAUGCUGGUGUUGGAUCAAAGGACGUUACAAAUCAAAUACAGAGUACCCGCUACGGAAAUUUACAGGAUGUCCCUGUCGCCGUUUCUCGACGAUGUCGCCGUGGUACACGUCAAAGCGUCACCCUUAGCCAACCCCGAAACGUCGAGUGCCUCGUCCGAUCAGACAAGCUGUCUAUUUCAGAGCGACCUCAGCAAAAAAAAAGGAGACUUCGUCUUCCAAACCGGACACGUUAUCGAAAUAGUUACGAAAUUAUUUCUCGUUGUCCAAAACGCCACCGGAAAACCGCCGGAAGUCAACAUCACCACCGAAUUCGAAGCGAAUUUCGGUUCGCAAACGGUGACGUUCACCUUCAAAUGCGGUCUACCCGAAGUUCAACCCGGUCAAAUUCGAGUUUUACGCAAGGCCAAUAAAAUGGAGGUACUGGUGUGACGAUUAGCAAGACAUAUCCACGCCUAUGUCGGAACUAGCAUAAUUAACACUGCCAUUAGGACGUUACAUCACUUUUUGUUCAUUUUUUUCUUCCCAGGAAAAUAUAUCGAGAUAGUAGAACUAAAUUUAUAUAAAAUAUUUCCAUAAACUACCAUUUUAAUACAUUUUCUUUGAAAAAAAAAAUUGCGGAUUCAAAAAAGACAGAAAAUUAGGCGUUCAAAAAUAGAUUUAACGAAACUUGUACAUAAUAAAAAUCUAUUAAGUUACUAGACUUUUCGUUUAAUAAAAAAUAUUGCAAAAAUUCAA